AUGACGGAUUACUGGGUUGCUGGUGUGGUCGCUCUGGCCGUGUGGCUAGUGACCCUUGCCAUCUAUCGUCUCUACCUCCACCCUCUGGCCCGGGCUGGUUUCCCCGGGCCCAAGCUGGCGGCACUGACGACAUGGUACGAGGCCUACUAUGAUAUCGUCCACAAGGGCCAAUACAUUUUCCAAAUUGAGCACAUGCAUAAGAAAUAUGGACCAAUUGUGCGGAUUGGUCCCAAUGAGCUGCACAUCCUCGACCAUGAGUACUACGACAAGCUGUACAAUAUGUCCAAUCGCCUUGACAAGAGCCCGUAUUUCUACAGCAUGCUGGGCAAUCCAAUGGCAUUAUUUGGGACAAUUCCCGCCGACUUGCACCGGAUCCGCCGCGGCGCUCUGAACCCGUUCUUUUCGCAUCAGGCCGUCUCCAAGUUUUCUCCUCACAUGCAGUCGAUUGUCGACCGUUUCAUUGCCCGCAUGGAAACUUGUGCGGAGCGCGAUGAGCCCGUUCCUUUGUUCUACGCCUAUCGGUGCUUGACGGUCGACAUCAUCACAGAAUAUGUGUUCGCACACCAGUUCAACCUGCUCGACCGUGCCGAUUGGGGAAGAAACUUCUACUCCGCCUGGCGCAGUCUGUGGGAACUGUCCCCAACCAUUCGGCAAUUCCCAUUCCUCAUGAACGCCUUCAUGGCGAUGCCGAGAUGGCUCACAGCGUUGACGAAUCCAAAGGCCCUGGAAGUGGUGGACAUGUUUGCCGACGUGGAUCGGCAGACAAAGCUCCUGUUAGAGUCUAACCCGGAGGAGAUCAAAGCCAAGCCGCAUCCAACCGUGAUGUGGGAGUUGUCAAAGAGCGAUGCGCUGCCACCAAGCGAGAAGACGUUCGAGAGACUUGCCGUUGAGGCCAAUGGACUGCUCGCGGCGGGUUUCGAGACUACUGGGGGUGUUCUCACGUACAUGACCUAUUUAGUCCUUGCUCAUCCAGAAGCUCAUCGCAAGUUGGUGGCGGAGCUGGAAAGCGCAAUUCCGGACCCGAACAAGAUUCCAAGCUCUCAGGAACUGGAGAAGCUUCCCUAUCUCCGUGGUGUUGUAAAAGAAGCGCUUCGUCUGGCUGUAGGAGCAUGGUCUCGGCUUCCCCGUGUUAACCGUACUGAGGACAUGCGGUAUAAGGAUUGGGUAAUUCCUGCUGGGACGGCAGUGGGCAUGUCUGCCCUUUUUAUCGCGAAGAACCCGCUUAUAUUCCACGACCCAGACGCCUUUAUUCCCGAGCGAUGGAUCGACUCCGCCGCAAAAGAAGAGCAUCUGGAGCGCUAUCUCCUUGCGUUUGGCAAGGGCACCCGCUCGUGCGUGGGCAUCAACCUGGCCUACGCAGAACUCUACAUCAUCCUCGCCACGGUGUUCCGGCGGUUCCCCGGCCUGGAAUUGUAUAACACGACGGAGAGGGAUGUCGAGCAUGUGCACGAUUAUUUCGCCGGCAUGACGCGGAGGGAUACGGAAGGCCUGCAGGUCAAGAUCCGGAAGUAG